AUGGAACCCGAAUACAGCCAAUUGGCAGAAACUAUCUGCAGACAAGCCAACGCUCAUCCCAAACCACGCUACUUGGUUGCCAUCGCAGGUAUACCCGGCUCGGGGAAGACUACUACGGCCCAAAAGGUGGUCUGUCAACUAAAUCGAAUAACCCGAAAGGCAAUCAUUCUCUCCAUGGAUGGAUUUCAUCUAUCUAGAGCAGCUUUGAACCAGCUGCCUGAUCCCAAGGAGGCACACAUUCGUCGAGGUGCCCCUUGGACGUUCGAUGUCACCCGCUUCGUAUCUUUCGUCCGUCAACUUCGCACCUGGGCAGAUGAGACUCCGUUGGCAAUUCCAGGCUCUGGGACAUGGUCUGGUGCAGAUAUUUUACACGCACCAACGUUUGAUCAUGAGGCAAAAGAUCCUGUGGAGAAUGGCACUUGCAUCACUCCGGAUGCUUCGAUUCUCAUACUCGAGGGGAACUACUUACUUCUCGAUGAGCCCGGCUGGCAAGAAAUCGCAGGUUUGGCCGAUUACCGCGUCUUUGUUGACUCGGAUCCCCAAGAAGUACGGGGGCGGUUGGCUCAGCGUCACUUGCAGGCAGGCAUUGAGAAGACGCUGGAAGAAGGAUACCGUCGUGUGGAUAGUAAUGACUUCUUGAAUGCUAUCUUGGUUCGUGAAAAGCUUUUGACGCCGGACAUGGUUUUAACGAGCGUGCCGGUAGAGAGUGACAUAUGA